AUGGGACCUUCUCCGAAUGUCGCAAAAAGCGUGGACCCGCUCAGUGGCUGCAGUAACGACUCCGCCGCUGUUUACCAGGACGCUAAUGGAGUGCCCUGGAGUUUUAUGCUCAAUUAUACCAACAUCUCGUUCGGCACAUAUGGCAACAACAAGUUUUACAUGAUGCAGCUGAUUGAGGACGGCUCAAACUACACGGUCUUUCGCAAAUGGGGACGCGUAGGAGCUAAAAAGCCGCAGCGAGCUCUGGAACAUUACAACUCGUCGUUGAACAAAGCACAAGCUUCAUUUACGAAGAAGUUCUUGGAGAAGAGCGGUAAUGAAUGGCCGCUAUGUGGACCUUUUAAGAUUGUGGAAGGAAAAUAUGUGCUAGUGGAGCUUGACGAUGAAGCGCUAGAAGAAGAAAAGGACGAGCGAGUGAACGAGGAGGAAAAGGAGGAAGAAGUGCUGUCAACAUUGCAUGAGACCAUGCAAGACGUGCUAAAGCUUAUUUGUGAUGCCGAUUUGAUCGCAAAAGAAGUGGCAAACAUGAACCUCGACUUGGAGCGACUCCCCUUAGGCAAGCUUUCAAAACGUCAGAUCUCACAGGGGUAUGCUUUACUGCAACAGCUAUCAGCGGCGCUCAAGGAGAUUGAAGACCUAAGCAAGACCGUUGCAGACACAGUGAAAGAUGUUCCGAAAACGCGCCGAUCCACUCGAGUCAAGCAGCCGGCCAACCCGCAUGCUGCCCAACUCUGUCGCUUGAAAACCAGUCUCAAAGCGCUCUCAAGCGACUUUUACACGCUCAUUCCACACGAUUUCGGUCGGAGGUUGCCGCCUUUAAUUGAUUCCUUGGAUGAAGUGAAGCUGAAGCUUGACUUGCUAGAGGUGUUAGCGGACAUUGAAAUUUCGCAAAAGCUGCAGGCUGAAAAGAAGAAGAACGCAAAGACUCGCGAUGGUACCAAGUUAAACUCCCUCGAUGUGCAGUACAACCUUUUGAACAUCAGAAUGGACACUCUGCCGGAAUCGACGGACGAAUUCAAGAUCAUUGAAAGAUACGUCAAGACUACACAUGCUCCGACCCAUGUGCAGUAUAAACUUCGCAUCAAAUCGGUUGUUCAGAUUGCUCGUCCUGAUGAAGAGAAGUAUUCAGACGUUUUCAAGUCUGUUGAUAACCACAAGUUGCUAUGGCACGGAUCACGCUUGUCAAACGUUGCGGGUAUUUUGUCGAAAGGGCUUCGUGUUGCCCCGCCUGAAGCUCCCAACAAUGGGUACAUGUUCGGUAAAGGUAUCUACUUUGCUGACUCGGUGUCCAAGUCUGCAAACUAUUGCUGGACAUCGCCACAGAAUCCAAAGGGUGUGCUCAUUUUAGCUGAAGUGGCUUUGGGAACUACUUACGAAGCGCGAGAAGCGGAAGAUUUGACAUACACCACGUUGAAGACGACUAAAGGAUGUGAUAGCACGUUAGGAGUCGGUCGAAUGGCGGCUCCUGUCGAAAACUACGAGACCAUUGAUCAUGACGUGAUAGUUCCUGUCGGCGAGUUUGUGCCCUCCGAAAAAGACGGCGCACUGCUGUACAACGAGUUUAUUGUGUAUUGCCAGGAGCAAGUGAAGUUGCGCUAUCUUGUCAGCCUUGACUUUCUCUACGAGCAGGAGGACGAGGACUAA